UUCCCGACUUCAACGUGAACAAACAAAAGCGACUUUUCCAUAAUAGUUCAAGACUUCGAAAUGUCACGACUUUCUACUUGUUUGAUUUCUGUUCUGUUCCUACUGGUAAUUCUCGCAGGACAAAUUUCGGGACUUAAAUGGCGACGGUCACCACAAAUUUACCCAUCGGAUCCAGCUGAUAGUUUUCAUCAGGCUUUUCAAGCUGUCCCUUCGACCAGUGUGACUGCCGCUAAACUCAUGGCGAGUUUCUUAGGCAUUGGCGUGAACUCGAUCAUUGCUAAAAGAAGCCAAAUUGAUGAGGAUGCUGUUUUCGUUAUUUCCGGCUCAGGAUCAAUCGGCGAGUGUGAAUUUGAAAAAGGGAGAAAAGCACUCGUAAGAUGAAAAAUGAGGAAAUUGAAAAAUGCCAUGUAUGACACCAAAUAUGCAGCUGUUACGUUUUCUAACUCCUUCAAAAGUGAACUUCAAGUUCUCGUCACCCGCUACAGCGGCCAGAAAAAUUAUGAACAUCCUCUACCCCGGUGGAGGGUCCAACACUCAGGCUGGGCGGACAAGCAGAAGUCAAGAAGCUGCUGGUUGAUGAU